UAAAUUUGCAUACGCUAGAGCUGGAGCCAUUACAUUUUCUCCGCAGCACAGAUAGCUAAGAAUGGGGAUUGAUUCAGUGGCAGAGAAAGGUUCUGAAGACCCUUUUAUGGUUAAGGAAGGUUACGAUGACCCAGAUUUUCAAAAGCUUCGAGAGCUACUAGCGCACAGCGAUGAUCAAAAUGCUGCAGGUGGUUGGGACAAAUGUUGGGAGCAAGGAGUAACCCCAUGGGAUUUAGGACAGCCAACACCUAUGAUUCUGCAUCUUCUUCAAAAAGAUAUGCUACCUACAGGAAGGAUUUUAGUCCCUGGAUGUGGCAGUGGAUAUGAUGUGGUUGCAAUUGCUGGCCCUCAACGCCAUGUUGUAGGUCUGGAUAUAUCAGACCUUGCCCUUGAGAGAGCAAAACAGAUUACUGAUCAUGUUGGUGGACCUCCAUUUAAAGUUUCGGUAGCUGAUUAUGAAGAACUGCUAUAUCCUAUGGGGUUCAAGGCAUUAUCUAUAGUAGAUAAUGAGCUUGCAGUUGGUCAGCGCAAGGGAAGAGAGAAGUUGGGAAGGUGGAAGAAGGUCUGUUGACCAAUCCUCACUACAAAGAAAAUCAAUUACCUCAUGGCACAAAUGGAUGUAUGUGGGCCAGAGUAUGUGUUAUGAGAUUGGAGAACCAUAUAAUCAUUAUUGUACACAACUUUUUGUUGGGUGAAAUGUUUCAUUACAAUUACAUGAAUACCAUUUCAUUGGAAUCUAA